CAGCAUCAGACACAUCGGGGACGCUGAGCAAGGUGCGUUCUCGGUCUUUGUGAGUUCCGAUCGAUUUGUUGAAAAGAACUUCCUUGUGAUUCAGUGCAUCAAAGACACUAAGCAAAGAUAAUGUCUACUUGUGACAGCUCAAAUAUUACUUUAGAGGAAACAUCAGAUGCAGUAAAACUUGCUCUCGCUGCAUCACGUUACGUAUUGGUAAUCGUUGGAGUCCUUGCCAACUUAGUGGUGAUCAUUGUGUUUAUCAACUGUAAAACCUAUAAAACGUGCUUCACUUAUCUCUUGGUAUUUCAACAGGCAUGUAUGGAUUUGAUGGGGUGCUGCCUCUAUUUCAUUUUCUACAACUAUCGUGUACCUGAUGGUGAAUAUGGUAUUGUUUAUUGUAAAUGUAGAACUAUAUUCUGGAUAUUUGCAUCGGCCUCAGGCAGCAAUCUUGUCUAUAUAUCUAUAGAGAGGUACAUCGCAGUUGUGCAUCCAUUGAAGUAUUGGAGGAGAGAGAAAAGAAAGAUUAAAAUGGUGUUUAAGCUGUGUGUUCCGUGGCUAUUAGCCAUAGUUUUUACUUUUCAGCUGGCAAUUUAUUUAGUUCCUGAUGAAUUAAGUCCAGGAAAUUGCAGGUUUUGUUACAGCAGCGAAUCCGUGCGGUUAAUCUCCGGUGGCUCGAUAUUGCUCUUUUUUUAUAUCAUUCCCGUUGUUGUUAUGACAUUUUGCUACUACCGUGUUUACGUCACGAUGCAGAAACGUCUGGAGGUACGAGCAACUGUACGUAGUAAUUCUAACUGCGUCCUGACCGACCGCUCCGAUGACAUUGAAAUACGGAACGACUUCAAGAUAGAAAAUUCAAAAAAAGAAUCCACUCAAUAUAUUAAGAAUCAGACGAAUUUCAUCACAACUAUGGCUGUUACUACACUUGUGUUUGCCAUCAGCAUCUCGCCACUCUUAAUAGUGUAUAUAGUGUAUAGCCUGUGCGACUGUUUUGAUUAUGACAGACAUCCUAUAAGGCAAGCGACACACAUAUCGUUUGUAUCGAGUCUGGUUGCUAACCCGUUUGUAUAUGCGUUUAAAUUCAGUGAGUUCAAAAAGGGCUUUAAAAAGACAUUUAUUCGCAGAGGAAUAUAAUCUUACGUUAUUAACUUAGG